GGAAACCCGGCGAUAAGCAGGCGAGCUUUUCAAAAAGCAGUCUUAUUUUUAAGUUCCUUAACAUGGCAUCUGUCUUCAUGCGAAUAUUCAAUCUAAUUUGCAUGAUGCUUUUGAUUGGUCACUGGAGCGGUUGUCUACAAUUCUUGGUACCGAUGCUUCAAGGAUUUCCAUCUAACUCGUGGGUGGCUAUCAAUGAGCUUCAGGAAGCAUAUUGGUUGGAACAAUACUCUUGGGCACUCUUUAAGGCCAUGUCACAUAUGCUGUGCAUUGGUUAUGGAAGAUUUCCUCCUCAAUCCUUGACCGAUAUGUGGCUUACAAUGCUAUCUAUGAUAUCUGGAGCAACAUGUUAUGCCCUAUUUUUGGGACAUGCGACAAAUCUAAUUCAAAGUUUAGAUUCAAGUCGACGACAAUAUCGUGAGAGGGUGAAGCAAGUUGAGGAAUACAUGGCAUAUAGGAAAUUACCAAGAGAUAUGCGGCAACGAAUCACGGAGUACUUCGAGCAUCGCUAUCAGGGUAAAUUCUUUGAUGAGGAAUGUAUUUUGGGCGAGCUUAGUGAAAAGUUGCGAGAGGAUGUGAUCAAUUACAACUGUAGGUCGUUGGUUGCUUCAGUGCCUUUUUUUGCAAAUGCUGACUCAAACUUUGUAUCGGAUGUAGUUACCAAAUUAAGAUACGAAGUUUUUCAACCUGGUGAUAUUAUAAUUAAGGAGGGAACAAUAGGAUCAAAAAUGUAUUUUAUUCAAGAAGGAAUUGUCGAUAUCGUUAUGGCAAAUGGCGAGGUUGCAACUUCAUUGUCCGAUGGCUCUUAUUUUGGCGAAAUUUGUUUGCUUACUAAUGCGCGACGUGUUGCGAGCGUUCGAGCGGAAACUUAUUGUAAUUUAUUUUCGUUGAGUGUCGAUCAUUUUAACGCUGUGCUUGACCAAUAUCCUCUUAUGAGAAAAACAAUGGAGACUGUAGCUGCUGAAAGGUUAAAUAAAAUCGGUAAAAAUCCAAAUAUCAUGGCACAAAAGGACGAGCCAGAUGGAAAUCAUGACUCGAACACGAUAAGUGCUGUAGUGAAUGCUUUAGCCGCUGAAGCAGAAAAUCAUAAUAAUAGUUAUAGUGACGACGAUAGUGAAAGUCCACAGAAGAUGAAUUCAGACAUGAAUUUAGCAGAACUGAAUCAAAGUUUACGGAUGAGCCUGCCAAGACCAAAGAGUGGUGAGUUCUUAAAACUAUUUGAAGGAAAUAGUCCUUAGUCAUCAACUCUAUGGAAUUGUUCAAAUCUUCAAAUUACAAAGCUCAAUGUUUAUGCGGCUACUCAGGAUUCACAUUUAAAACGUGAUGAUUUCCGAAAAUCCGAUAUUCAAUUUACGGAGACGAGUUUUCGAUCAUGAUUUUAAAUUUAUAACUGCACAUAGAUAACAAAACUGAAAGGUAAAAAAAAAACAAAAUGAAUAAUUUCGUCCCUCCCAAAAAAAAUCAAAUCCGAUAGAAAAAAUGACACAAAAGUAUUUACGCUGAAUGAGAACGAGAAACAAGAGCAUUAUGAGUCGAU